UCUUCACUUUUAACUAUUACACGCUUCCAUCCACGACGAAACUGACCCAUAACGAGAUCCAACGCACGUAUAGUACUAGGCGAUAUAGAAAAUAUAUCUCUGCUAAAUCGUACUUGCAAAAGCAAUCCCUUUCCGACUCUCACCUCGAUCACGAUCACAAUUAAAUCGAACACUCUUACAAACUAAGCGUAGUUUUCGACUAACCAUUAAGAAUGGUGUUACCCGUCCCCUUAAUACGGCUCCAAUGCGGAGUGAACUCUUAUGACUGGGGCAAGAUCGGAUCUGAUUCUGCAGCAGCAAAAUUUGCCGCAGCAACACCAUCCGAUACUUUAAGCAUCCAGUCAGACAAGCCAUACGCCGAGUUAUGGAUGGGUACACAUCCUUCGAACCCGUCUAAAGACCUCCAGUCUGGCCGUACUCUUCUUGAGCUGGUUGAGGAAAACCAGAUGCUUCUGGCACCGUCUGUGAGAGCGAGGUAUGGCACCAAGUUACCUUUUCUCUUUAAGGUGCUCUCUAUAAAUAAAGCGCUUUCCAUUCAAGCGCAUCCCAACAAGAAGCUUGCCGAGAAGUUGCAUGCCAGAGACCCCAGAAACUACCCCGACGAUAACCAUAAGCCUGAGAUGGCCAUUGCCAUAACCGAUUUCGAAGGUCUAUGCGGAUUCCGUCCACUCGCCGAGAUUGCUCAUUUUCUAUCAUCGGUGUCCGCCCUACGGCAACUAGUAGGCGAAGAUGCAGCCAAAUCUUUCAUCGACACGGUUCGAGGCCAGGAGAGUGACAAUUCAUCCGAGUCUACGACACAAAACAAGAGAGCCCUACAGUCUGCCUUUGCUGCUCUCAUGAACUCUUCUCAGGAAGAUGUAGCCUCAGCUUCCAAGGCACUCGUUUCAGAGGCCGAGACUAAAGGAGACGGAUUUGCGGAUGGCGGAGUUGAGUCGACCAACGGAGCAGUUUUAACCGAGUUAGUGACUCGAUUAAACAAGCAAUUCCCUGAUGAUAUCGGACUCUUCGUCCUAUUCUUCCUUAACUUCGUCAAGCUUUCUCCUGGUGAAGCCCUCUUCCUCAAGGCGGAUGACAUACAUGCAUAUGUCUCGGGAGAUAUUAUUGAGUGUAUGGCAGCAAGCGACAAUGUUGUUCGAGCAGGAUUUACACCCAAGUUUAAGGAUGUCCAAACAUUGGUUGACUUGCUUACUUACAAUUACGCACCUAUCGAGGAGCAGAAGAUGGAGCCAACUGAAUACCCAUAUGUAGUACUGAAUCGUGCCGCAUACAGCUCUGGCUCGGAGGCAAAUCUAUAUGAUCCACCGAUCGAUGAAUUUAGUGUCAUCAGAACGGUCCUCAAUGGUGAUGGGUCAAAGGCUACGUUCGACCCUCUCGAUGGACCAAGCAUCGUCAUCUGUACCGGAGGUAAGGGUAAAAUCACGGUUGGGUCUAAAACCGAAGAGAUCAAGGAAGGGUAUGUCUUCUUUGUUGGUGCCACGGCGGAGUUAAUCCUAGAAUCUCAAGGGGGCUCGAAUGACUCGCUCACAACCUUCAAGGCGUUCUGUGAGGUUGAAGACCACAGCAACGGUGCGUCACUAUAACCAAAGUUGCGCAAGAGAACGUAGGUUGGAUGUUAGGUUACGUCUGGGAAUAUCCUUAUAGGGGGCCCUAUCUUAUACGAAAGAGAAAAUGGAAAAGGAAUCCUAAUGUAUUUAAUGGGGAGUUUCUAUGGACGACUACGAAUGGUUUGAGCUUAUUGGGCCUAAAAAAUUGCAAUUAUUUCUCUUUAUCCUACUUUAAUGACUGCGCCAUCGAGAUAUCCUAAAACAUCUUCAGUACCUAGUACGAUAGUUGAAUUUACCAUUUCUCUUAAACGGGCCAUCUUCUUCAUUAUUCGUAACCAGGCCAGAUAAAAAAACCAAAAUUUAUUACUAUCAUGUCCCUCUUAUUAUUUUAUUACGCAUUCGUGUCUCUUUGAGAAAUAAAUACAUAGUACAUACUAGGUAGU